GAGAUUUGCAGCGCACAUACUCCAUCCAGUAUAUAUACACGCUUACGUACAAGACGAAUAUACAGUUGACAUACAUAUACAGAUACACAUAAUGAAUUUUAAAAAUAAUGACGCAAAUAGCAUGCUAUAUACGCUCGCAGCGAAAGUGUUGAAGCAAGCGAGCAAAAAGGAAGGUACCGUCAAAUCACUCUGCUUGCAAAACGGCAGCGAUUCAAAAAUGAAGAAGAAUCUCUACGCACUCGUAUGCGAGUCACUCAAGUACAGCGACGCAAUCAGAGAGAUUGCGCACAUGUCUGGGUUUCCUAAGAAAGAACCACAAAUAGGCGAGUGGCAAGGUAUAGUGAUCAUAUACGACCACUUAUUCGGCAAGAAAGGCCUGAGAUGUGGGGGAGUUUACAAGCAGGCAAUAGUCAGGCAAAAAAGUGCGUUGAAUACUAGCUUGACCAAGUUAAAGGUGAAAAGGCGGAUAAAAGAUAAUGUAGAACUCAUACCUGAGAGUGUGCGAAUAGCAGAUUUGAUGCCGAGAUAUGUGCGCGUAAACCUGAUUAGGAUGUCCGUCGAGGAAGCGAUGCAGACGUUCCAAACAGAGGGUUUUAUGCUUGUUUCUUCAGAAACAAAUCCAGCUGAGCUUAGGUCGAGACAAUUCUACCGAGACCCGCACAUAGACGAUGUGUUGGCGUUCGCUCCGAAAACAGACUUCCACGCACAUACACUGUACCUUAACGGAACCAUCAUUCAGCAAGACAAGGCGAGUUGUAUGCCCGCCAAAGCUCUCAAUCCACCUCCGGGCUCUACCGUCAUUGACGGUUGUGCUGCACCAGGCAAUAAAACAAGCCAUCUGGCAAGCAUCAUGGGCAACAAAGGCACCAUAUUCGCAUUCGACAAAGACGCACGGCGGUUGAAAACACUGGUCAAAUUGACAGGAUUAGCGGGUGCAUCAUGUAUCAAAGCUAGACAUCAGAGUUUUCUGGAUGUCGACCCGUUGGAUCCUACGUAUGCGGACGUAGAAUACAUCCUCCUGGACCCCUCGUGCUCGGGUUCGGGCAUAGUCAGCCGAUUGGACCAAUUGAUCGAUAACGAUGACGAUACAAUGAGCCAAGACUACCAGGAACGAUUGGACAACCUGAGGCAAUUUCAGGAGACUGUGUUGCUGCACGCCUUUACAUUCCCUCGGGUGAAGCGGGUGAGCUACUCUACGUGCUCCAUACACGAACAAGAAAACGAAGUGGUUGUAGCCAACGUUCUAGCCGCAAACGAGAACUUCCGAUUGAACACAGCACUUCCGCAAUGGCCCCGCCGUGGAUGUCCUGGUUUGAUCACUGGUCGUGAACGAGGUGCCGAGUGUGUGGUUCGUGUGUUACAAGAAAUGGAUUUCACCAACGGAUUCUUUGUCGCGGUGUUUGAGCGGAAGCCUGCGGGAAGGAUAGAAGACGGAUACGAAACAGGUAGUACAAAAGGGCAAGGGACAAAUAUAGGUGUAGGGAGAUCUAGUGGUGGAAGUGAGAGUGCGUACACAAACGAACAUGGUUUCGUGAAGCAAGAGGAGACUGUGGAGGCACAAACAGAUAAUGGCGCAACAGCGGUCAGUAUAACGAAGAACGCGAAGAAGAACCUGAAGAGGAAAAUCAACCGGAAGAGAAAAAAAGCCGCCGCACAGCCUACGGACACCGUAUAAAUUGAUUAAAAGGCUU